UAGGUUUUUAAUACCACCGGUACCCCUCUCUCCCUCAAAAUUAUAACGAAGCAGCCAGCCCACCGUGUUCCUUCACCCACCCACAUGCGUUUGCGUCACUAUAGCUAUGGCUGGUGUGGGGUUAGUCAUGUUUUUUGGCUGGAUAUAAACCACAUAUGUCUUUAAAUAACUACGUUCAUUCUCUCAUAAUCGCCAACAGCAGCGGCGAUUUAUGUAUUGGUUUGUCCCUCUUAUUGAGCUAGGAUUUGAAUUCGUUUUUUUUUUUUUUUUUGUCUGUAGGAUGCUCAGAGCGCACUUUUCGAUUGGUCAUUUUUUCGUGAGUAGGCAGGAGCUGCUGCAGUGACUAAGCCCUCGAGUCACUGCACGAUCCAUCAAUCAAAUUAAAUGUCUUGUGCUUGCAGGCUGCGCUGCUGUUUCCACUGUCUGAUAUACAUGGCUGUUUGUCUGGACUUGUUACAUUGUAGAAACACGAGCAAGCGGUUCCACUGUUAAAAUUAGCGACAAGUGAUGGGAUAGAGCGGGACUUUUUAAAAUUAUAUAUUUUCUAAAUCAGACAUUGAUAUAUCAGUUGAUGUUUUAUGUAUUUAGUCUCUGGUUUUUAACAGUUCAAUGUUUCUUUUUUAAUAAUCUCGUGUUGGACUGGACUCGAGUUCCUCAAGAAAGGCUCACUCCAGUCACAACUCACUUGAACGAGUGUAUUCUAUUACGUGGGCCCACAAAAAUUGAUGGCAACAACAAGUAAGAAGAAAGAGGACAUUCUUUAGAAAUUGGCGAGCCUCCUGCCCCUAAUUACUUCAGUGUAUGCCAUUCAUUUCAAUCACAGCAGCUGCGAAGGAGAUGCACCCAUUUUGUAACAUGCUCUAACACAAGAGGGUGUUGACCCAUCGCGGGCACACUGAUCCCAGGGAAUCUGUCGCUGCCAUUUCUCUUGAAACAUCAGUACUCUGACAAAAUUUGGGAUGCAGCAUCACCUGCAAAGUAUCUGCUGUUCAUGGUUCAGAUUUGCUGUCGUGUCUAUCAGAUAUAUGUUGGGUAAAGGGGCGAAGCGGAAGCUUGAUGAGCAUGAAGACGGGCUGGAAGGCAAAGCGGCAUCGGCGGGGGGCGGCCCGUCGAAGGUGUCCUACACCCUGCAGCGGCAGACCAUCUUCAACAUCUCCCUCAUGAAGCUGUACAACCACCGGGCGCUGACGGAGCCCAGCCUGCAGAAGCGAGUGCUCAUCAACAACAUGCUGCGGCGCAUCCAGGAGGAGCUCAAGCUGGAGGGCAGCCUGCGGCCCAUGUUCUUCGCUGCCUCCCAGCCGCAAGAUGACCCCCUGGACGAGGGCUACCGGGAGGCCCAGCCAGCCUUCAGCAUCCUGUCAGCCACUGCACAGCCAGCCCAGCCCUCUGCUCUUACAAGCACUACACCACUAGAGUCCUGCCUCACCCCUGCUUCCCUCCUCGAGGAUGAUACUUCUUUUUGCACUUCUCCUCCAAGUCUGACUCCCCACCCCCAGCACGACGGGCCUACCAAACCACCUCCACCACCCCCGCUGGUGGCUAUUAAAGACAGUUUUUCCUCGGCCUUGGAUGAAAUAGAGGAGCUUUGUCCCACAUCUACCUCCCCUGAGACCGCAGCAGUGACAGUGACAACACCCAGAAUGCCACCGCUGUCGCCAGCACCUGUAUUAGACUCUAAAGACCUUGAGACCAACGUCUGUAGCCAAAAGUUUGAGGGACUGGUCACACAGCAGGAGAGCAAAGCAUCAGCAGCCGCUGAAUCAAAGCUAGUGGACUCAUCGUCGCCCAGUAACUUUGAGAUUACGACUUCCACUGGUUUUCUCACAGACCUGGCCCUGGAUGACAUCCUGUUUGCUGAUAUUGACACCUCUAUGUACGAUUUUGACCCAUGCACGUCCACUACGGGGACCACCUCCAAAAUAGCCCCUGUAACCGCAGACGAUCUCCUCAAAACCUUAUCUCCUUAUAACAAUCAACCAGUCACCCCAAAUCAGCCUUUCAAAAUGGACCUCACAGAGCUGGACCACAUAAUGGAAGUACUUGUUGGCUCUUGAUCAGAGAAAAAAAAAAUUCAAGAAACCUUUACUUUGUAUUUGUAUAGUUUUUUAUAUAAGAAAUUGAUGGUGAUAAUGACACCCUGUACUUCACAACACUGUGCAUGCUUCCUUGCUUGCCUUUCAGAAAAGAAAAUGAGGAUCACACUAGGCUUUUAGCAGAAUUCGAGUGCCUUCAUCUGUGUACGACCACUUUGUAAAUUCUGGUUCUGUGUAAUUUUUUUAUUUUUAUUCUUCAUUGAGAGAGAUGUCUACCUGUAGAAAACAACAGUUCCCACGAACAGUUAUGUUCUGGUGCAAAGAAUGGACUUCAAAAUGUUAAGCACAAAGAAUAUUCAGAGAGCGUUGAAUUGCAUGGGCAUUUCUGUGGAUUUUUGGUUUUCAAUAAUGUUUAUUGUAAGAGAAUUUUUUAUUUAAAUUGUGUUUAUUUUUGGUUUUGUUUUCCGGAACAUAAAGGCGGCCGAUUUUAAAAGUUCUGUGCUUAUCGACAUUACACAGCUGUUUAAAAACUGCUGCCCAAAUUUAUUUUAUAUUUUUGUACAAAUUCUGCAAGUGCUGGUAUUGUUUUCUAAAAGAGAAAAAAAAAAAAAGUUUCUACAUAAAGUAGCUAUUUUGACAGGACGUGCUCCAAGACAUCCUGCUUACUUCAACUGUACAAGAUGGACUUGUACUUUUUAUACAAAUAGUGUGAUGUUUUUAUAUGUGAAUAAUGCAAGUACUGGAUCAAACAAGUCUGCAAUAUAAGUUUACUGGAUGCAAAUACAUGUGCUUUAGGGAAGGUGAGGGUAUUUCAAUAGAAGGUUCACACAUCUAUUUGUGAACUGCAGCGUUCAAGUUUCUGGAUUACUAAACUGGCAAUACAUUUUCUUGGUAACCACUCACUGUGACAAACUAACGAAGAUAAGAGAGAAAUCAGAAAACCUAAGACUGUCAUAUCCACAGCCACUAAACGAAGGCUUACAGUAUCUAUUAGUUUCAAAAGCAUUGUAUUGAUUGGCAACCAUUUUUCAUAGUUGAUUUUUAUAUUAAGAUAUUGGAGUACACGCUAAAAGCUGACCUUAAGGGGCAGGUAUGAAUGGGAAAGACAUUUUGUGGUUUAAGAUUAGAAAGAAAAUGGUUGAUUUGUUGUUUUAAAAGCCUGAAAACGUGUUUACUUACAUUAAGUUUUGAAUUGAAGAUGCAAGCAGUGAGUGAUUUUUUUUUUAAUUUAUUUUUUAUUACAGGCAAAUGCAUCAUGUGGUUUGCUGCAGUGAAACAAUUUCGAUUCAUAGUUACAGAAUUUAAAGAAUUCUUACUCUGAUUUUGUUACCUUAAUACAAAAAAUAUUAUAACGUUUAAGUGGUCUUCAUUCUACUAUACAUGACUUGAUCUGACAUUCCUAAUGUGGACAGUAUAUAAGAAAAAGCAUCUUCCAGAGUCAUUCAACCCAAGCUUUCAUACAGCUCACAAUUGUCUGUGUUGAGAGCGCUGUUUUAAAACAAAAGUACAGUAUGUGUACGCGUCACAUCCGUGAAUCCCAUUUCUCGCAUGAAGAAACUAGCAGCUGAUGACCUGUAUGUGACCUGACAUCACUUCUAAAUCUGGAGCCAGCAACAUGACAUCGCUUGGCAUUUGUAAUAUGACUGGUCGGUUGUUUCACUGAUGUAACUGCUUUACAAUUUCAAAACCCUUUAUUUAAUUUUGUUUUACCAUCAGUAUACAGGUGAACCUAGGUUUUUAUAUGCAUGUUUUCCUCUGGAUCUACGACCUUUCUUUACAAAAACUUAACUGCACCAAAAGCAUAUUUUAAUUAAUUGUCUUGUAUGUUUUUUUUUUUUGUUUAAGUAUAUAAACUAUUGCAAUGUAUCAUGCCUGUUGCCAAAUUACUAUGGCAUUUGUAGCUUUUUAAUGGUACUCUUUAGCUGUUUGUGUGCAGGGUUACAACUUGUAUUGUUGAAAAUGCAUAUGGCUUCUUUGAAGAAUAACUCUUAAUUUAUUUAAGGUUUUAUUUGUUUGUUUUACGCCAUCCCUUUUCUUUUUUCUUUCUUUAUUUAUGCUCUCUCCUUGUCAUGGAUAAGGUUGGGUCGGUUUUGUUUUAGGGCAAACUGGCACUUUAACCCGCUGCACAGAUUUUAGGAAAGCUACCACGAUGAAGGAAUGCAGAUUUUCGUUUAUGCACUUUUUUUUUAAUUGGGUCUUCAUUUAUAUCUGUACUGCAAUUUUUAAAAAAAGGUUAUAUAGUAAAGCUUUUCGAUAACCACUUUAAGCAGGGAUCUUUAAAGGGUACCUAUAGAAGGUAGCACAUAAAGGGGAGUGGCGUGUAUUCAGUUGUAGAAAGCCAGUGUUAGUAGACUUAUUUGGGACCAUUGACUGGAAUUCUUUUUUUGUUGUUGUUUUUGCUUUUAAACUGACACAUUCAUUCCUAGUUUGCAAAUGCUGUUUUACCUUUCAUUCCUUUAAGCUCUGUAAUACUCAAACCUAAAAUGUGAUUUUUUUUUUCUCAGCUACAGGCUAAAAAGUGAUCUGAUCAGCUGAUGUAAGCAGCCCCACAUUUACAUCACCCCCUCUCAAAGGCCCAUCUGCAUUUAAAUAUAGCAGUCUGUCUCGGAGGAGGUGCAUUAUAAAGAGAGUUGAAACUGUGAACAAAGGCUUUUUUUACUCUGUGUAGGGGAAUGAUUUUAACAAAAAAAAAUGUUCACGCUGUUUAAAGUGGUUAUCUUAAGUUUUUAUAUGUACUUCAAGUACAAUAGACAAAAAUGCCUUUUCAAAGUUUAAUUUUAUAUCCUGCUGACCACAGGGUUCUCACACAACCAGCCUGCACAAAUAUGGUGUCUUCCCAUCUACUGUUGGGUUCUUUGAAGUGAAUGCCAAUAAAGAUUACCAGAGGCCAGAAUGGCAGUAGCAUUUCAGAUCAAUGUGUCUCUCCUCUUAAAACAAAUCUGAAGUUAAGAAAAAAAAAUAAACAUAAUAAAUCAACACAAUUUGCAGCACACUUCCUUAUACUUUUCUGUAAUUUCUUCUUCUGCUUGAUGUGCAUUUAACUUUGAAGUAGUGUUGCAGGGGUUGCAUCAUGUACACAAUAACCUUGUCAAGGGCAGUUGCAGUGCAGCCAUUUGAGAAUAGAGAAGGACUCUUGGUGAGGAAUAAUAUAUCUGGGGGGGGGGGAGUAGUAUUUAUUGUACAGAAGUAAAUUGAACAAUUAUGAAGUGACAUGGAGAGAGCAGACUGGACAACUACAAAAAAGAAAACCUGGGUUUUGAAGUGAUUUUUGUUUUCAUUAAGUUAUUUAUUCUUUAUUUUCUGUGUAAAUAUAUUUAUUUUAUUGUGAAGCUAACAUGUGGAUUGUAAUGUGUACAGAAUGUAUGGUAGGAUUGUACUUUCCUGCAGGAAGGUAUAUUUUGUAUUGAAAGGGGGUGGAAGCCAUGUUCAAGGAUUGCAUUUUUUCUUUUUUUUUUAAACAGUAUAUAUGUUUUUUUCUGUCUGAUUCUUCGUUCACACACCAUUACCCCCACCAUAACCCACCACCACCUCACAGUGCAAGGGGCUUCAGUUUUAAAGCAUUGUUUAAUUGUAUAGAAAGGGAUAUGCUAUUGUACUUUUAUUUACAUAUGGUUUCUAAACCAAAGCUUGCUUGACAAAGUAGGACGUCGGUGACUUACGCCAAACUAAAAGACACUGCAAUGCUUACAUAAACUUAAAAAUAUUAUUUAUUCACUCCCCCCCCCCCCCCAUGUAAAGUUGAGUCGACAGUACCUUAAGGUUAAUCGGUCCCCUUUGUUGUGUUCAUGCUGUACGCAGACAAUCCUUUCAUUCUGGAAAAGGGGAGGUGGUUGUGUGAACUCUGUCGGAUCUGGGGGAGGGUUUGUCUGCUGUUUUGAAAGAAUGCUGUAUUUGUUUCACAGACCCUGGAGCUGUGCCUUUGUCUAUGCAAUAUUAGCAACAUAUUCAUCUGGAAAAAAGAAUAGAUUACUGUAUUCAGAAGGUAUGGACUGUAGUACAAAAAAAAAAUGGAACAGAUGUACAUGAAAUUCAAGCAGUCUUACUUUUGUAGUUUUAUAUUAUACAAUAAACUGUAAAAAAUAAA